AUGGGUGCCGAUGGAGGAACGAUACCCAAGCGAUGUGAACUGGUGAAAAACAAAAAAAAAGCGGAAAAAUUGGACAAGAGCGUCAAAAAUGCCACGAAGUGGCGGAAUUGCCAGUUGUCACAACAACCUCUGAAGAAACCAAUCAUUGCUUGUCGUUAUGGUCGUCUGUAUAACAAGGAAACGGUCAUCGAGGCCAUUCUUACGAAAACCAUGGGAAAUUUUCCGGCUGCGUCGCACAUUAAGGGACUUAAGGAUUUCAAAGAACUAAAACUAAAGGAAAAUAAAGACUACAAGGGCGAGGAAGUUAAGGGAGACGAGUACCUCGACUUCAAUCAGUCUGAGUUCCUCUGCCCUGUCACGUCCGUUCCUAUGAAUGGCAUCAAUGGUUUUGUGGUUAACUGGAAGUGUGGUUGUGUAUUUUCGGAGAAAGCACUGCAAGAGGUAAAAUCGGAGGUAUGUCACGGAUGCUCCGGACCAUGGGACCUCGAAGACUCUGUGGUGUUGAAUCCUGACGAUGAGCUCCUUGAACAGUACAAGCAGAAGCUUUCUGAUGAGCGCAAGGAGAAGAAAGCCAAGAAGAAUAAUCACGAAAGCAAUGAAGUUGAAAGUGGAGGUGAUGUUCAAACGAAAGCUUCUUUGAUGACUCAAGCAAAGGAGGUCGGCAAUACCAAUGUGAAGAAAGAAGACAAAGCUAAAAAUUCGGUGAAAAAACCGGAGAAAAGAAAAGCUGAGAGUGAUAUUCAAUCAGAUCCGACUAAAUCGGACGCCUACAAGAAGCUGUUUACCACCUGUGAAGAAGCCAAGAAAAAGCCAACUCAGCAUUGGGUUACUUACAACCCACUCUAUUAUUGA